GGGGCAGGUCCAACAAGUAACUUGGUUCUUUUCAUUUUUGUGGCGGGUUUGGGUAGAACGGGUGCUAGAGUUAAUGUAUUUAUCUUAUAUUUCUAUUUUGUUAUCGCACUGAUUGCUCCGGGAUUUCGCGUGGCAGUACACUAAAACCUCUGAAUGUUAGAAUUUCUUAUUUCCUCAAGAGAUCUGCAUGUAAAUAACUAGGAUGUCACGAAGAAAGUCUAAAGAAGCUAAAAUCAACAUUUCUAGUUCACUAGAAUCUGAAGAAAUCAGUCUGGAAACUACAGUACCGACUGAUGACCUGUCUUCAUCUGAAGAAAGAAAUGGUAACACCAAAAUCACUCGGCAGUUGAUUGAGAGGAAGGAGCUGCUCCAUAACCUUCAGUUGCUAAAAAUUGAGCUCUCUCAGAAAAACCUUAUGAUUGACAAUUUAAAAGUUGAAUACUUGACAAAAAUUGAGGAGCUGGAAGAAAAGCUGAAUGAUGCCCUUCAUCAGAAGCAGCUGUUAUCCUUGCGUUUGGACAACCAGUUGAAGUUACAGCAGGAUGAAUCCAGGAAGCAUCAGCUUCGCAUGAAGCAAGAAAUGGAUGCAAUUUUGACAAGACAGAAGCAGAUGGAAGACACAAAUCGACAACUAAGAGAAAGAACAGGAAAUAUUUAUCGUAGCCUACGUGAUUUAGAACUUGGUGAAGAACAGUACAUUGAACUGAAAGAUAUACCAGAUGAUCAGUUAUCUAUUCCUGAAUAUGUGUCUAUCCGAUUUUAUGAAGUAGUGCAGCCAUUGAGGAAAGAAUUAAAUGAACUUAAAGUAAAAAACAGCAGCCAGUUGGAGGAUUUAAGCAGUUGUAAAGAUCAGCUAAAGGCUGUAAUGGAGAGCUAUGAAGACGAAAGAAGAAUGAGAUCAGAACUUGAAAUCAGAUGCCAGCGUCUAACAUUAGAACUAGCUGAUACAAAGCAACUAAUUCAGCAGGGAGACUACAAAAAGGAAAAUUAUGAUAAAAUAAAAAGGGAAAGAGAUGCCUUUGAUCGUGAACUGUUAGAUCUCAAAAGAACAUCUGAAAUACUUGAAGCUACAAAUAAAGCAGUAUCAAAAGAAAGAAACGAUUUACUUAAAGAGGUGUCCACUUUACAGCAGUCUGUUACUUUGAUGCAGAAAGAUAAAGAUUAUCUAAAUCGACAAAACAUGGAGUUAAAUGUCCGUUGUGCGCAUGAAGAAGAUCGUAUUGAAAGAUUGCACAUGCAAUUAGAGGAUGCUAAAAAAGCCAGAGAGGAAGUAUAUGAGAAAUAUGUGGCAUCUAGAGAUCAUUACAAGACAGAAUACGAAAAUAAAUUGCGUGAUGAACUUGAACAAAUUAGACUGAAAACAAAUCAGGAAAUUGAACACCUUCGCAGUGCUUCUAAAGAAAUGUUUGAACGAGAAAACAGAAAUUUAAGGGAAGCAAGAGAUAAUGCAGUGGCAGAAAAAGAAAGAGCCGUUCAGGCUGAAAAGGAUGCAUUGACAAAAUAUGAUCAACUUCUAGAACAGUUUCGUCAGCUGCAGCUUGGUACAGAGAGUCGUGUGGCAGAACUUUUAAAUCAAGUGAAGCUGAAAUCCUUUGAAGCUGAACGAGCUCAGAUGGUGCAAGAAGAGAUGAGUUCAAAACUCAGACAGUGCCAAAUAGAUUGUGAAAAGUACCACAAAAAACUAGAGGUUAUGACGAAAGAGUUCUAUAGCCUUCAGACAUCCACAGAAAAACGUAUCACUGAGCUGCAGGCACAAAAUUCUGAACAUCAGGCACGACUUGAUACUUAUGAAAAGUUAGAGAGGGAGCUUGAUGAUGUAAUAAUGCAAGCUGCAGAAAUGGAAAAUGAAAAUGAAGCAGAGACCGUUCUUUUUUCUUAUGGUUAUGGAGCUAAUGUUCCCACAACUGUGAAAAGGCGACUUAAACAGAGGUGAGAGCUACACAUUGCUGCAAGAGUCCUUUCAAUGGGCAAGAGAGAGACACUCUUAUUGCGAGACUCCAGGAGACGGAGCACAAGAGUACAAGAGCUGUUUUUCUCUAAGCAACUUUCAAAUGCCAAUGCCUUGCUUAAUCAAGCCCAGCAGCCUUACAGCUAUUUGAUAGAAACUGUUCGCCAACGUGAUUGUCAGAUCCAGACACAGAAAGAAAACAUUUCUCAACUAGAGGAAUUGGUGAGCUCCUUGAGUAAAGAAAAAACAAAAUUGCUUCGUGUCAAAAAUCAAAUGGCUUCAGACUUAGAAAGACUUUUGAAUCAGCGUGAGGAGUUAUCAGUAAUGAAGCAAGUUUUAAUAAACUUAUAUACUCGACGAUAUGGUGAUAGUUUACAGCUUCAAAGUGAUGAGGCCAAGUGUGGAACUGCUGUGCAUGUACCAAAGUCUUCAUCAGUCAGUAUACCCUCACCUGAAGUGGAAGAAAAUAUUUUUAAACCUAAGCCAACAUUGUUUACAAACAAAGAAGCCCCAGACUGGUACAAGCAAAUGAAGCAAAAACUUUGACUUUGUUUACUUCUGAAAUUGUCUUUGUUUGUAUAACCAAGUGUGAGACUGUGAACAUUUCAGCUGAUAAAUGAAAAAAAACACUGUAUAAAGUUUAUUUUUUUUAUUUUCUUAAUUUUAAAUAUAACCAUAUUUUCACAAAAUUGUAUUUUUAGUAUUUAAUUUAAACUUUCAUUGUUCUAAAAGAAGGCAUUUUUAACUGAGUAAAUUGAAGCCUUUUAUUUAUUCUAUGAAUGUAAAUUCAUGUUUUUGUUAAAAUACAUUAUACUUUACAAACAUCAACAAGUUAUUGCUCAAAAUGGAAUCUUUUGUGAGACAUCAUUGCUAAAAAAUAUUGUGUG